CCACCCGGCCGAAUCAAACCCAUCCCCGUCAAUCAUCCCGUUCCUCUCUCACUGCUCCUCCUCGCAAUCCGUACUGGUUCACUCGGCCCGAUAUAAAGCACGCAGCAGCGGCGGCGGCGGCCACGCGCAAGCACGGGACAAAGCCGCGGAGAUAGGAGCGCUGGAACUGGAGAACUAGUAGAAGGGAAGUUGGAGUUUAUCCCCCGUUCCCCACCGCCGAUCCCGUGAUUUCGCGGCGAGCGCACGCGGAGGUCUGAGCGUUAGGGCGGCGGCGGCGAUGAUGGCGAACAGGAGCGCCGGCGUGGCGGGGGCGGGGGACACGGGGAGCCCGAGCGCGCGGGCUGCGGCGGCGGCGGCGGCGGCGGCGGGGGAGGAGGAGGCGGGGGCAGCAGGGAAGGUGAAGCUGCUGUGCAGCUUCGGCGGCCGGAUCGCGCCGAGGUCGGGGGACGGGGCGCUGCGGUACGUGGGCGGGCAGAUGCGGCUCGUCUCCGUGCCCCGCGCCGCCUCCUUCGGGGAGCUCAUGCGGAAGGUCGAGGCGGUCGACGAGGCCGGCUCCGGCGGGGUGCUCGUCAAGUACCAGCUCCCCGGGGAGGACCUCGACUCGCUCAUUUCCGUCUCGGCCCCGGAGGACUACGACAACAUGAUGGAGGAGUACGAGAAGCUGGCCGCGGCGGCGCCCGACGGCUCCGCCAAGCUCCGCGUCUUCCUCUUCCCGGCCUCCGGGACCGACGCCGCCGCGUCCGGCUCCGGUUCGCACCUCGCCGCCACCGCCGCCGCAGUGGACGAGCCGGGGCAGCGGUACAUCGACGCCAUCAACUGCGUCUCCGCGGAGGCCGUCGCGGCCAUGCGCCGCAAGGAGAGCGUCGCCAGCGCUGGGUCGUCGGCGCACAACUCGGAGGCCUCGGAGCACGCCGCCGUUGUAGAAGGUAUGUCGCCGCAAACGGUGCCGCCCCCUUCUGUUCCACCUGAAUAUUUGUAUUCAGCUGUGAGCCACUACCAUAGUGCCUUUCCGGAGUCGUUAGGAUUUAGUGCUGUCACGGUUUCAUCUCCUGCAGUGGGCAUCCCCGCGCACAAUCCCAUCCUUGUUGGGACAGAGUCACCAACGCUGCAGCCUCAUCAAGUUGCCGGUUAUGCGCCGUCGCAUCAGCUGGCUCAAAUCGCCUCUCACGUGCCCCAUCAGCAGCCGGCUCAGGUUGCUGGUUAUGCGCCAUCGCAACCUCAGGUUGCCUCUUUUGCACCGUCGCAACCUCAGGUUGCCUCUUAUGCGCCGCCGCAACCUCAGGUUGCCUCUUAUGCGCCGCCGCAACAGCAGCCUCAAGUUGCCUCUUAUGUGCCGCAACAGCAGCCUCAAGUUGCUUCUUUUGCACCGCAACAGCAGCCUCAGGUUGCCUCUUAUACGUCGCAGAUGCAACAAUCGUAUAUAGAGCCACAACAAGUCCAGUACAUCAAUGCACAUCAAUUUGGUCUGCAUGGCGUAUCCCAAUCUACGAAUGUGAUGCCUGUUCAAAUGAACCAGUAUGUGCCCAGUAUUCCGGGAACAAAUUCCAUGGUGAACGCUGCUACCCUAGCCAGUACUUUGAGGCCUGUUUCUGCUGGUCCAGAACGUGUUUUGGAGAAUGUUCAUUCCACAAGGCCAAUACAAACUCCAGUUGAUCCGAAUUACAGGAUACUUCAGCCACUUUCACAGCUUCCUCCUUUGCCUCAUAUGCAUUUGCAGACAAGUGAUGCACAGAGAUAUGCCGUCCAAACGGUUGCGACAAGCACAGUAAGUUUGCCAGGGGUGACCAGCUCAGGGACAAUUCCAGUGGUGGUAAGCUCAGCUACCGUGCCUGCAGUGAGGUAUGAUGAUUGCAUGAUGUGCCAGAAAGUACUGCCACAUGCCCAUUCAGAUAACAUGAUCCAGGAACAGGGAAAUCCUCAUGCAGCAAACAAUCAUGUUGCUACUCCAGUAUUUUACAGUCUCCAUCAAGAGAAUGCAGUGAAACAACAUGGUCCAGGUGCAAGUGCAGGAUCUCCUGCUAAUUACACAGCAGAACCAAGAACAGAGAGCACAGCAGGGAUGACACAAUUUGAUCCAAAACAUCAUGCCAGAAAACCUGCAGUCCAAGCAAUGCCAUCACCAGAUGCAGGAGCGUUGGUUCAACCCACCAUGGUUACUUUCCCAGUUUCUAGUGCACCUACUUCAAAUGGAGUAUUUGUGGGGCAUCCUCCACAUGCUCGUGUUGAAGAUGCUUCCAUGUACCAACAUCAGCAGCAACACUUCCAUAAUAUGCAGCCAUCACAAGUUCUGUUGAAUGGAGUCAGUACCAAUCGACAAGGGAUUGAUGCUAGUGUAUUGAAGAAUCCAAAUCAUCAAGUAGCAGAUCCAGUUAGAGAAUAUGCCAAUGACCUUCCUCAUGAUUAUGUUAGAGCUAUCGAUGGUCUGAUGCAAGGAGUUCAUUUAGGUCCUAUUGCUCCUCCAGAAUUUACUAUGCUAGGACAAUCAGCUAUUGCCCAUGGUGCUAUUGACGAUGGGAAAAUUGAGAAGCCACCUGUGAAUAUGGAUGGUGGUUCCAUCUACAAAUCUCAAGCUGGAGGGUAUCACAUGGGCAUUAACAAUGCCUUCCCUGUUCCUGCUUUUAUCCCAGAGGACAAUCUUAUGAGACAUACUGAACAACCACCUCCCUCUUUGAAUGUUGGUGUGCAAAAUCUCCACCCUGAGAUAAUCCAGCAGCCAAAUAUGUUACUCAAUGUUCCUGUCUCGAACAACCUCGGUCUACCCAUCGAACAGCCUGUUCCCAGUGAAAGGUUUCUUGUGAGACCUCCUUACUCUGGUGUUCAGGCUCCUGCCGGACCUCCUCCACUGCAUCCUGGGGAAAUGAUGAAUCACUUGGUUUCUGCUCCUCAUAAUGUUGCUAGUCAAGCUGUAUUGCAGGCUACUGCUGGUACUGAUCGUGUGGAAGCAACACGUGAGCCAGCUUACACAGAAUCUCUUUUCUCAAACCAGGAUCCUUGGAAAGCAGUGGGGAAUGCUUCUUUAGCAGCCCCAAGACCAAACAAGUUGGCCAAGGAACCUGUUGUUUCUGGAGAUCCAUAUGUGGAGGGCCAUGUUCCUGCAAUCACCAGUUCAAAUGCUGCCACACUCCUAGAAGAAGGCAAUCUUUCACGUAUUCAAGACCCUACUUUCAAGGAUAUUUACCCAGAACCUUCUCAAAUAAGCAAAGGAUAUGGAGAAGAAAGUAUCAAGCGUCAAUUACAAGCUGUUGCUGAAGGUGUGGCAGCAUCUGUUCUUCAGUCACCUUUACCUGACAAACCAGCUGAGUUCUCUGGGGAUCACAUAGAUUCACAAGGAGCUGUAGUUGAUCCAAAAAUUGAGGAUGCACCGAACAAAGAGUCAGACAAAACAAGCCAAGGAGUGCCAGUUCUAGAUGACAUUGAUAACCUUCAGAUAAUAAAGAACAGUGAUCUUGAAGAAUUGCGCGAACUGGGUUCUGGAACCUUCGGUACUGUUUACCAUGGAAAAUGGAGAGGUUCCGAUGUCGCUAUAAAGAGAAUCAACGACCGGUGCUUUGCUGGGAAGGCUUCCGAGGAACAGCGCAUGAAAACUGAUUUCUGGAAUGAAGCUCGCAAGCUUGCAUCCUUGCACCAUCCAAAUGUUGUAGCAUUUUAUGGUGUUGUUCUGGAUGGACCAGGUGGAUCUGUUGCAACAGUAACUGAGUACAUGGCUAACGGUUCGCUUCGACAAGCAUUGCAAAGACAUGACAAGAUAUUUGAUAGGCGCAGGCGUCUAGUAAUUGUGAUGGAUGUUGCGUUUGGUAUGGAAUAUUUGCAUGGGAAGAAUAUUGUACACUUUGAUUUGAAGAGUGAUAAUCUGCUCGUCAACCUUAGAGAUCCCCAACGCCCUAUAUGCAAGGUUGGUGAUUUGGGCUUAUCAAAGGUUAAAUGCCAGACACUAAUCUCUGGUGGAGUGCGAGGAACACUUCCGUGGAUGGCUCCUGAGUUGUUAAAUGGCAGCAGUAGCCUUGUUUCUGAAAAGGUCGAUGUUUUCUCAUUUGGAAUCGUCAUGUGGGAGUUGCUUACUGGUGAAGAGCCUUAUGCUGACUUGCAUUAUGGUGCCAUUAUAGGCGGGAUAGUGAAUAACACCCUGCGACCUGAAGUGCCCGAGUCAUGCGAUCCUCAGUGGAGGUCGCUGAUGGAGCAGUGCUGGUCGGCUGAGCCGUCAGAGAGGCCGAGCUUCACGGAGGUUGUCAAGAGGCUACGGGCCAUGGCGGCUUCCCCUACGAAGACACAACCGCAGAAAUAGAUGCCCUUAACUCUGUACAUGAAUAAGGUGCAAAUGUAGAGCUGACGAGGAUGGAGAGGGUUGCUUGACACCUGCUGUGGUGCUUUCCAAAACGCGAAAGGCAAAAUUUGUAAGAGCAUGUACAUGAGGUGUUAUGGCAAACAGCUGGUGGAGAUCUGUUGUAUACGGCUCGUGGUCUACACAGAGCCUUGUUUACUGCCUGCGAUCGAUGUCCAGAAAGCCUGUAACAAAUGCAGUUUGUGCUUGUGUCCUCUUACUAGCUCUCAGGUGCAUGAAGUUAUGAAGAGGUACAACAGGUCUUUUAUGCCAGCUGCUCAAGCUAGAAAAGGGCUUUAGCACCUUGUACUUGGAAGAUACGGGGGCUGGGAAACGCACAUUCGGCACGGAAAUGUGCUUCUCUCUACAACAAUGUUCCCCAGGUUAUCUUUAGUGACUUUGCUGUAACAUGUUGCGCUGAAAUUUACAUGGUGAUAGGCUGAUACUUUCUCCAUCA